AUGGGUUUGCCACCAGAACACCCCUAAAAGCCAAAAUGGGAAAGGAAAAGACUCGUAUCAACAUUGUCGUCAUUGGACAUUGAUGUCUCAGGACACAGAGACUUCACCAAAAACGUGAUUACGGGGACAUCUCAGGCUGACCGUGCUGUCCUGAUUGUUGCUGUUGGUGUUGGUGAAUUUGAAGCUGGUAUCUCCAAGAAUAGGCAGACCUGAGAGCAUGCCCUUCUGGCUUACACACUGGGCGUGAAACAACUAACUGUUGGUGUUAACAAAAUGGAUUCUACCUAGCCACCCUACACCCAGAAGAAAUAUGAGGAAAUUGUUAAGGAAGUCAGCACUUAUAUUAAGAAAAUUGGCUACAACCCCAUCACAGUAGCAUUUGUGCCAAUUUCUGGUUGGAAUGGCGACAGCAUGCUGCAGCCAAGUGCUAACAUGCCUUGGUUCAAGGGAUGGAAACUCACCUGUAAGGAUGGCAAUGCCAGUGGAACCACGCCGCUUGAGGCUCUGGACUGCACCCAGCUGACACCAACUCAUCCAACUGACAAGCCCUUGCACCUGCCUCUCCAGGAUGUCUACAAAAUUGGUGGUACUGGUACUGUUCCUGUUGGCUGAGUGAAGACUGGUGUUCUGAAACCUGGUAUGGUGGUCACCUUUGCUCCAGUCAAUGUUACAGCUGAAGUAAAAUCUGUCGAAAUGCACCACGAAGCUUUGAGUGAAGUUCUUCCUAGGGACAAUGUGGGCUUCAAUGUCAAGAAUGCAUCUGUCAAGGAUGUUCAUCUUGGCAACGUUGCUGGUGACAGCAAAAACGACCCACCAAUAGAAGCAGCUGGCUUCACCACUCAGGUGAUUAUCCUGAACCAUCCAGGCCAAAUCAGCACUGGCUAUGCCCCCGUACUGGAUUGCCACAUGGCUCAUACUGCAUGCAAGUUUGCUGAGCUGAAGGAAAAGAUUGAUCACCAUUCUGGUAAAAAGCUGGAAGAUGGCCCUAAAUUCUUUAAGUCUGGUGAUGCUGCCAUCGUUGCUGUGGUUCCUGGCAAACCCAUGUGUGUUGAGAGCUUCAAGGACUAUCCACUUCUUGGUCGCUUUGCUGUUCAUGAUAUGAGACAGACAGUUGCCAUGGGUGUCAUCAAAGCAGUGGACAAGAAGGCUGCUGGAGCUGGCAAGCUCACCAAGUCUGCCCAGAAAGCUCAGAAGGGUAAAUGAAUAUUAUCCCUAAUACCUGCCACCCUGGUCUUAAUCAGUGGUGGAAGAACAGUCUGAGAACUGUUUGUUUCAAUUGGCCAUUUAACUUUAGUAAUAAAAGACUAGUUAGGGAUAAUAAUGCAUCACAAAACCUUCAGAAGGAAAGGAGAAUGUUUUGUGGACCACUUUGGUUUUCUUUUUUGCGUGUGGCAGUUUAAAGUUAUUAGUUUUCUAAAUCAGAACUUUUUAAUGGAAACAGCUUGACCAAAAAUCUAUCACAGAAUUUUGAGACCCAUUUAAAAAGUUUACUGAGAAAAAAAAG